AUGAUCCCUUACACCAUGAGACCUGUUGGAAACGAUGAUGGCCGUGGCUGGACAAGACUCUCUGGCAACAACAUGACGAACCAUAACAAGCCAAAGGAGCAGAUGUCUCCUCCACCACCCCGCUACUCAGCGCCAAACCAUUUUGCAACCUCAAACUACGACAUGUAUACCAGUCCGAUCACCGCAUCUGCAGGCUCUAGAAGAUCCCCGUUGUCAAGCUAUGUACUGCCCUCCCCUUUACCGCCGACCGUCGAGAUGCAAGAUCUACAUACCCUGUCAACCAGUCGUCAAGAUCCGCCAGCACCUGGCACUCUCCCAACACCAGCUAUACAACCAAACAACCCUCGCAGAUUCCUUGACAAGGGCCCUUGGCUAGCUACACUCCUCUGUCUGACUCUCUUCAUCAUCGCAAUGGGCCUACACCCCUCCNACCUCACACCAGAACCCUGGAGUUGGACUGGAUGGGCACGUCCCGGCAAGAACGAAUUGCUGAGCGUCAAACAAGUCAUCUUCGCCACCGUCCCCAAAAGAGCCGUCUGGGGUAAAUUUCUGGCGGUCCUGGCUCUUGACGUGUGGGUUUUACAGCUGGUGUAUUGGUAUGCUACUGUGGCUGCCACGCCUACUCUCUGCUUGUCCAAGAGGUUCGUGAGCCUGAAGGGUUUGUUCUUGAUGUUGGCUGUGCUUCUUCAGGCUAUUCUCAUGUUGGGCUGGUUACUGUGGUCUAUCUGA